AUGUCUACUUCCUUGGACAAGCAGCUACUGGUUGAAGUGCUGAAAGGAAACGAGAGAGGCGUCGAAGAACAACUCGACCUGGGGGCAAGCCUAGACGGCUUCGACAUAUGGAAGCCGCUGUUCGCUGCGGCAAGACACGGGCGCGCCGGCGUCGUAACCCUACUCGCUAAGAGGGGUGCCGAACUGGAAGCCACUUGUCCGCGCGACGUGCGGGAUGACCGAGGGAUGUACGUGUACUCGAGCGGGUCGCCCGCGGUUCAUGCUGCUGUGUACGCCAGAAGGGUCGAUUCUCUCCGCGCCCUGCUCGAUGCCGGAGCGGACCCGAACGCCGCGGACGCCACCGGCCACACGCCGCUCAUGCAGGCGUGCAGGUUGUUCGGUGCUGCUGACCGCUACGUGGUCGUUCGCGAGCUGCUGCGGGGAGGUGCCGAUCCCGCGCGCCAGAGCGACAAUGGCAUGAUCGCGUUGCACUACGCGUCGUUCAGAGACGACACGGACGUCAUUGGGUUGCUCCUGCCGAAGGCGAUGGCAACGCUCAACCAAGACACCGGGUACGGGGGAACGCCGCUGUGUUGCGCCGCGUCCGGCGGGUACAAGGAAUCCGUGCGGUGUCUGCUCUCUUUCGGGGCGAGCGACAACGCGCUUUGGUCGAAGAAGGGCGCAAGUGCGCUAGUCGGGGCCGUCCAGGAAGGCAGGCAGGAGAUAGUCCGCAUCCUUCUCGACCAUGGAAUGGACGCGGUCGGGGGGCUGGGCGCGGUGCCGAAAGCCAUUUGGACCGCAACCCGGAAAGGCCACGCGAAGAUCCUACACAUGCUGCUGGCCGUGGCGGGAGAGGAAACGCGGCGACAGUGGGCGACGAUGCCCUACAACGAAUCCACCUUGCUCCACUGCGCCACCUCAGUCGGCUCACUUUCCGUGAUGAGCGCGAUUCUCUCGGCCGGCGCGGAUGAGAGAGCGAGGGAUUAG